AUCUCAUCUCAUCUACUCAGCCAGAAAGGCUUCAGUUUCUAUACACAUAUAUUUUUGUUUUGUCACCAACCAUCUCUCUAUAAGUCAGAGCCUUUCAAUUAAAUUAAAUUAAAUAAAAAACUUGUCUCAUAAUUCAGUGCUUUCUUUCUUUCUUUCUGCUUAGUUCAAUGGCUUCUUCUCUGCAGUCAUUGAAGUUAUCUCUACACCUUGUUGCAUUUUGCAUCAUAGCAGCCUUGAUCACCAAUAUAAUUAAUUCUCCAAUUUCAAUUCAUGCACUUAAUAUUGGUAUUGAAACUAAUGCUGGCAUCUCCUUGGAUAAAGAAUGCAGUAGAACAUGUGAAUCAAAGUUCUGCGCAGUUCCUCCAUUCCUAAGAUAUGGCAAAUACUGUGGAAUUAUGUAUAGUGGAUGCCCAGGAGAACAACCAUGUGAUGGACUUGAUGCUUGUUGUAUGAAGCAUGAUCUCUGUAUACAACAUAAAGGCAAUAAUUAUCUAAAUCUAGAGUGCAAUGAGAACUUCUUGAGCUGUGUGGCUAAGUUCACAAAAUCAGGAGCUCCAACAUUCAAAGAUAAUUCAUGUCCAAUUAAUACUGUUGUUAGGGUUAUCACUGAUGUUAUUGAUGCUGCUGUGGCUGCUGGAAAAAUUUUCAAGAAACCAUAGUAUAAAAUGGGGAAAAAGAAGGAAGCAACAAAAAAAGGACAGUUAGUAAUAUAUUGUUUGUUCUUUUCUGAUUCAUUUUAGUUUGUUAAUUUUUUUUAAAACAUUUUGAAGAACAUUGUUGUCAUCAUUGUCAAUCUGGCUGACCUUGUGCUUGUAAUUUCUCUUGGAACCAAAUGUUUAGAUGUAUCGUAUAUAAUGUUUUAUCU